GCCUCGCAGGCGCAGACGCUCGCCUCGUCGGUCCGCAUCCGCGCCCGGUACCCGUCCGGACACCACGAGGAUGGCGCCGGUUGGGAGCCAAAAGGCCAAGAAGGGCAUCCUAGAACGUUUAAACUCCGGAGAGGUUGUGAUUGGUGAUGGAGGGUUUGUCUUUGCCCUGGAAAAGAGGGGCUAUGUGAAGGCGGGCCCCUGGACCCCAGAAGCUGCCGUGGAGCACCCGGAAGCAGUUCGCCAGCUUCAUCGGGAGUUCCUCAGAGCUGGAUCGAACGUCAUGCAGACCUUCACCUUUUACGCGAGUGAGGACAAGCUGGAGAACAGGGGAAACUACGUUGCCGAGAUGAUAUCCGGGCAGAAAGUCAAUGAAGCCGCCUGUGACAUUGCCCGGCAAGUGGCUGAUGAGGGAGACGCGUUGGUGGCAGGAGGUGUGAGUCAGACGCCCUCGUACCUUAGCUGCAAGAGUGAGACUGAAGUUAAGAAGGUGUUCCAGCAGCAGCUGGAGGUCUUUAUGAAGAAGAAUGUGGACUUCUUGAUCGCAGAGUAUUUUGAACACGUUGAAGAGGCUGUGUGGGCAGUUGAAGCCUUGAAAGCAUCUGGGAAACCAGUGGCAGCGACCAUGUGCAUCGGCCCAGAGGGGGAUUUGCACGACGUGAGCCCCGGCGAGUGUGCGGUGCGCCUGGUUAAAGCAGGGGCAUCCAUCGUUGGCGUGAACUGCCAUUUUGACCCCACAAUUAGUUUACAAACCGUGAAGCUCAUGAAAGAAGGCUUGGCGGCUGCCCGGUUGAAAGCCCACCUGAUGAGCCAGCCCUUGGCCUACCACACCCCUGACUGCAGCAAACAGGGGUUUAUCGAUCUGCCAGAAUUCCCCUUUGGACUGGAGCCCAGAGUCACAACCAGAUGGGAUAUUCAAAAAUAUGCCAGAGAGGCCUACAACCUCGGGAUCAGGUACAUUGGCGGGUGCUGUGGAUUUGAGCCCUACCAUAUCAGGGCGAUCGCAGAGGAGCUGGCCCCAGAAAGGGGCUUUUUGCCGCCAGCUUCAGAAAAACAUGGCAGCUGGGGAAGCGGUUUGGACAUGCACACCAAACCCUGGAUUAGAGCCAGGGCCAGGAAGGAAUACUGGGAGAAUCUUCCCAUAGCCUCAGGCAGGCCAUACAACCCUUCCAUGUCAAAGCCAGAUGCCUGGGGCGUGACCAAGGGGACAGCUGAGCUCAUGCAGCAGAAAGAAGCCACCACCGAGCAGCAGCUCCGAGAGCUCUUUGAGAAACAGAAAUUCAAGUCUACACAGUAGCUUCAGUGGAACCCAUUUUUGGCGACUUCCUCUGUGUUUGGGCCACAGUUCCUAGAAAUAAGGAAAAGAUAGUGAAAAAGCAAUGCUUGUGCUAACACCAGCCUACAAAAACUGGUACUAGCUAAACAAAAUAGAAUUACAGAUAGCACUUGAUAAUUUUAAAAGUAUGUUUUAGAAGUUUACUUAAAAGCAAAAUAAGUAGGAAGUAAACCUUAAACAGGUUUACUAAGCACGCACCGUGUAUAAGGUAUUAAGGGAAUCACUGUGGCCAAGGAAAAGUAAUUUGGAUGUUAAUCCCGCUUCAAGAAGUUCGCAGGCUAGUAAGGAGGAUGAGAUGUCAGCUGUCAUAAGUGGCUCAGCAACCAGGCAGGGACAGAUAAAGCGCUAGAGGGAAGUGACUUCCAAGCUCUUUUGAACAUGACCCUCAGCAAGAAACACAAUUUAUAUAAUGACCCAGUAAAACAUAUAACAUACAACCAUUGAAAUCAAAUGUGUGAUCCAUUCUGGUAUUUUCUAUUCCAUUCCUUUCUAUCCAUUAUUUCAUUAAUAAAACAUGCCAGUUGAGACCCUUCGAACUGACUUUAUGACCCAUUGAUGUGUUUUGACCCUAGUUUGAAAAACACUGAUAUGGGACACUUCAGAUAUGGGGACUUGGGUAUUUCUUUAAAUUUAUUCUUAGACGAUCAGCCAUAUGGGACCUGAUGGAUAAGUAUCCAAAGCCCAGAGUCCUGCUCCCAGAGUUCCAGACUUGUUCUCUCUCCUUGCUGACCCAUUUCUACCGCUAAGAAACGCACAGACCAGUGGGGACCGGCAAGAAGAGAAGGGUAUCGAGGCCUUCUCCGUCCUGCUCAAAACUAGAUCCACCCAAAUGCCUCCAGUGGGUAAGGCUGAGGAGGAGGGAGCUUGUGUUACUUUAGAAGCUUAAAAAUAGUAUAAUAAAGAAAAAUUAGAGAUUCUCCAAACUCUAUCCAGGUUUCUUAGAUUGAGAACUAUGAUAUUUUUACCUAACGUCUACUCUCCUAUGAGAGCUGAAGGCUGAAGAUGCAAGACCAUUAGAAUAAACAUGGCUAGCUACUCUGAAUGUACUAGAAAAGAGUUCAUGCUGCUUUCUAAACAUCCUUGGAUUGAUUUAGCUGAUUUGAAACUGUAAUUUUUUCGGCUAUUAAAAAAGAAGAGCAAUAAGACUA